AUGCAUGCCUUGAUGUGUGCAAGGAAAGUAGACAGAGAAUAUUUGUUUGUAUAUUCAAACCAUUUACAUUCAAAACCUGUGUGCAAGAGGCAACGCAAGAAAACAGAAAUACUGCAUAGAUACCAAGAGCUGAAGCUUGUAGUGCCAUACCCAAGCAUAUUUGAGAUUGAGGAUGUGGCUUGUUUUGAUCCUAUUGCAUACAAUCGAGUAAAGGGACGCUGUGGAGUGGUUGCUGUUCCAGAAUACUGGAAGUUGGGCUUGAAGAGAAUGUUUCCACGUGAAUACAUGAAACCGAAGUAUCUGGUUCCGGCAAGCAUUGUAAGAACGGGGAUUCCCGAACUGCGAAGCCUUAUGAAGGAGCGCGAAGCUGGGAUGAGUCUACGAGAAAGAGUGAGGGAAAAGCUGUAUCCAAAGCUUGGGAAGUCCUCAGUUAAUCAGCAAUUGCUCCAUGAUGCGUUUUUCAAGGAGGAGGUGGUUGCAAGAACAACAAGAUACGGAUGUGUGUUUGAUCCCAGGACCGAUUACUUUGUACACAUGUGUAGGCCUGGAAGAAUAAGCCAAGAGUUGAUGGAUGCAUUGGGAAUGGACGAUAAAACGCCGCCACCAUGGCUCCUGGCCAUGCAGAGGUAUGGAAUGCCGCCUUCAUAUCCGGAUAUAUUGAUACCAGGACUGAAUUCACCGAUUCCAGAUGGAUGCCUGUAUGGAUACCAACCGAAUGGAUGGGGAGAGCCCUUGCAUAAAGCUGAAGAAAACGGUGUAUGCCAUGAUGCUGAAUAUGUCUAUGAUCCAAACAAUCAAUAUACAAAGCUAGAAUACGUAGAAUGUCCCGAAGAAAGAAUCAAAGUGGAUAAAACAACGCACAUACAAGCAGAUACAUGCCUGAAUACUGAAGAAAGUGGAACCACAAUUGAUACACCAGAGCAUAGAGUAGCAAAGAAUCACAUGGAUCAUGAAACGAAUGAGGAAGAUGCAAAUGCAAUCCGAGCCAAACAAUCAGACAAUGCUAAUAGUGUAUCUGAAGCCACGGAUGAAAGCGCUAUUCAAGAACAGAUCAAAACUAGAAAUGAACAACAACACACAGAUGCAAAGAAAGGCUCCAAGAAUAAGAAACUUUAUAAGAAUAUCAGAUUCUGA